GAACAAGCGAGCUGAAAGAGCUGUGCAGACCGGAUACUCUUUUCGGAUACAACCCAUCGCGUGCUCUCUGCCAUUUGCAGCCUCUACGAUCUUUUUGUCGCUACCGGCAUUCCGGGCUCCCUGUGCACUCGCUUAUCCGAAUAUCGACUCUCAGCAAGGCCAUCCCGCCCCCUCCCCCCCCCCGGGCAUCCCGCCAUGGAUUUCAACAGCUCCUCGCCCUAUCCGGAGGGCGUCAUUUCCUUCCUCGACACUGACCUGUACAAGCUGACGAUGCAAUGCGCCGUCCUCAAGUACUACAAGGAUGUUCCGGUCACGUACCAAUACACAAACCGGACACCGGAAAAGAAGCUCUCCCGCAAGGCCUUCCGCUGGCUGGAGGACCAAGUGCGGAAGCUCGGUAACAUCUCGCUGUCCACCGAAGAACUGAAUUACCUGAAGGAGCACUGCCCGUACCUCUCGCCCGCUUACCUGGAAUUUCUCUCUGAGUUCCGCCUCCGGCCGAGAGAGCAGGUCGAGCUCAGCUUCCGGCCGACCGGCCAAGACACGGGAGCCGAGACCGACAUUGGAGACCUGGACAUCAAGAUCAGCGGCGUCUGGUCCGAGACCAUCCUAUACGAGAUUCCGCUCCUCGCCCUGACGUCCGAGGCAUACUUCAAGUUCAUGGAGCCGGACUGGACGUACGAAGGCCAGGAACAGCUAGCCUUCGACAAGGGCAUGCGCCUGCUCGAAGCCGGGUGCGUCUUCUCGGAAUUCGGCACCCGCCGGAGGCGAGACUACCACACCCAGGCCUUGGUGUUCAGGGGGCUCACCAAGGCCAGCAAGGAGGCGGCGAAGCGCGGCCUGCCCGGAAAGCUCUCCGGGACCAGCAACGUCCACCUGGCCAUGCGCUUCAACAUCCCUCCGGUCGGCACCGUCGCGCACGAGUGGUUCAUGGGCACCGCCGCCAUCGUCGGCGACUACCACAAGGCCACCGAGGAAGCGCUGCGCCGCUGGGUCGGCUGCUUCGGCGAGGGCGUGCUCGGCAUCGCCCUGACUGACACUUUCGGCACCCCCGAGUUCCUGAAGGCGUUCCGCAAACCGGUCCAACACCUGGGGGAGCCCUUGCCGGCUUCCGCGAGGAAGCCGAGUAUUGCCGACUCCUUCAUCUCGACCGGCUCCGGAGCGCAGACGGUUCAAAAGACCAACAAGACAUACGCCGACAUCUUCACCGGCGUCCGCCAGGACUCGGGCGACCCCAAGAGCUUCGUCAAGCUUAUCCGGGACUUUUACGACCAGGAAGGGAUUCACGACAAGAAAGUCAUCGUCUUCUCCGACUCGCUCAACAUCGACCGUUGCCUCGAGUACAAGCAGGUCUCGGAGGAGGCCGGCUUCCAGCCCACGUUCGGUGUCGGCACGUUCCUGACAAACGAUUUCGUCAACACCAAGACGGGCAAGAAGUCGACGCCGCUAAAUAUCGUCAUCAAGCUCAGCUCGGCAAACGGGAACCCGGCUAUCAAGAUCAGCGACAACAUCGGAAAGAACACUGGAGACAAGGCGACGGUCGAGAAGGUCAAGCGCGAGCUCGGAUACGUCGAGAAGGAAUGGGAGGGCGGUGACGAAACGGCGAGAUGGGGCCGCGAGGAGGAUGUUCCCAAGGCGUAGGUGAUGACGCCGUUUUUGUCUCGUCGUUGGCAUACAACAAUCGAAUCGAACGGCAGG